AUUUGUGAGGACUUUGAACGUGGACUUUGUGUAAAAGGACCUAAUUGUAAAAAGAAACAUGUGAAAAAAGCAGCAUGUGCAUCGUUUAUUGCCGGAAAUUGUCCGAAGGGUGUGGCAUGUUCUGAAUUUCAUCCAAAACUUGAACUACCCGAAGAUCAAAUUGUACUUGAUAUUCCGGAACAAAAAUUUGGUGCCGCUUACGCACAAGGUCAACGUUGGUCACCUCGAGCGUAUCAAUUUCGACGGCAUAAUUUCGAUAUAAUAUGUUUUCGG